AUGUCCCAGUUAGAUCAUCUGGCGGGGCUGGAGUUGACAGACUUCGACACUCUGGCAAAUGCCCUUUUGACCACCAGUCCGGAAAAUUCACAAUCGGAUGCAUCGCUCCCUCCUACUCCAUCAUCAAUCCAAAGCGCAUUGAUAUUCUCCAAUAUUAUCCCACAGGCAUUUCUACCCCUUCAGUCCUUCGAUCAAAUACCGCCUGAAAUAUACUCCCCAUACCCCCCUGAGCUCUCCCCGACACAAUCGCUCCAGAGCUUAUCCCCACCUAACGCGGAGAUUCAAGCCCGGUCGAGUCAUUCACAACUUUCCUCCAUACAGUCGCUCAUGACUGCUUUGCGUACAUCGCUAUCACCUUUGAUGCCCUUCCCGAGUGUCUCAGUAGGUUCUCCCACUUAUCCCUAUUCUAGAAUUUCUCCGUUGGUGCGGCAACCACAUCUCCCCCAUCACUUGAAUAACCCCAUCGGCGCAUCAUCGAUCUUACACACCCCAAUUUCGUCAUUGAUGCCCAUCCCGGACCCUACCACAACCUCAGGAUAUCCACAAUGUCACGGCGUCUCUGCACCUGUGGCGCGUUUUCUCAGUCGUAGACGCGACGCUCAUUCUCACAGAGAACGAUCGCCGCGUUUGGCUUCUUCUGUGCUCAUGCCUAGUGACCCAUCGACAUCACAAAAUCUACGAUAUCAUAUCCCCUCUGCCUUAAUGGACUCGAAUCUCACCGAACUUCCAAAAGACCCUUACCCUCACAGCGCUGGUCCAUCAGCGUCUAUCACUUCUGAGCCUACACUGGACAGAUCCGAAGGCGCAAUCUCGCAAUCGCAAUCGCAGACGCAGACAUUAUCCCUGGCUCCUUCUAGAUCCGUACGAGUGCGUGUGCCUCAAACGAUGGCGGUCUCGAGCGAUCGACCUCUGGAAAAGGUUGACUUCAGAAUGGGCGCAGCCCGUGGUGUUCGAGUGCGCGACAUUCUCAACAAAAGCAUUGUCAUCGAUAACAGCGAAGACCAUGUGUUUGCAACAAUUGGGAAUCGAUCAAUCACUCUGGUCAUUGCUUGGCCUGGAUAUACUCAGUCGGGUACUUAUAUCAAACUCCAAGUCGGAGGCAAACCUAUUACGCGAGGCCAACUCGCCGAGUGUAUUUCAUCCUCCGUUUCCCUCUUUAUUGGCAAGGCGUCGAAAAGCCGUGUAGCUCACGGUUACGAACGGUGGGCGAUCGGCCAUCGCGGAGUUCACCUCAGUCGGUUAUGGCUUAUCUCUAUCGUGAAGGCACACAAAAAUAUAUGGCUUGCCGAACUUGAAAUCAAGCUUUAA